AUGAUGAAUACAUUUGCAGCUUAUAUUGAAAUCCUAGGAUUAUUGAAUGUCCUAAUUAUCACAAAUAGUUACUCAUCGGUUAUCCAGAAAUCAUCAAAUGAAUAUCCCAUUGAUCAAACCGUUUCAUAUUCUUUACCAAAGGAAUGUACACUUUUACCAAAUCAAAAAUUUCUUAGUGUAUUACCUGGAUUUGGAUGGGAUAAUCUGGUCAACCGUGAAAGAGGUCCUAUAAUAGAUGUGGAAAGAUAUUCACUAUGUCGACGUUCUGCAGACGGGAACUUUCUAAUUCCGGAUGAUAUAACUGUUCAACCAAUAAAGAAUUCGAAAAUUAAAUUAUCCUCUGAAGUCUAUGAAUCAAUUAGUCAAUGUCAUUCAUUGGUAGCUUAUUCCAUUAAUUCAGCUGUUGGUGGUGAAUAUUCGUUUUUUCGUAUUAAUGGAGAUUUUUCAUCGGAUAAAGAAACAUUACGUGAAAAACUAAGUCAAAAAUUAGGACUUAUUGUUCAAAGUGAAAUGCGUCAUAAUCGUUAUUUUAUUCAAUUAAUACCUGAUUCAAAAUUACAUCCACGUUUUAAAAAUCGUCUACUAGAUAUUGCUGCUUAUUUAGAACAUGGAAAUGUAACAAUGGAAACUAUUGAAUUAUUUAAUAAUGGUUUAAUUGGUAAUACAUUAAGAAAUUCAUUAGGAAUUGUAACAAAUGAUAAUUUUAAAUCAUUAAGUCAAGGUACAAAUGCAUUUUAUCUAGCUGAUCUAGUUGUUCGCGACUUUGGUACACAUUGUAUAAACUCAGUUCAUGCUGGAGGUGUUUUGGCAAAAAUUGACACAUUGGAUACAAAUUCACUAAAUACUAAAAAAGAGGAUCGAUGGCAUUUGGGUGCAUCAGCUACAAUAAGUUUUGCUAAUCUCUUUAACGUUAAACUUGGUGGAUCUGUAAACAUUAACGAUUCUUUGAUUCAAAAUUAUGAAAGUAAAAUAACGUAUAGUCAAGUUUUAACCUAUGGUGGUCCUAUUAUUUACAUGUCUGAUGUGAAUUUAUCACUUUGGGAAUCUGGUCUAGACAAUCAACUAGUGGCUAUUGACAGAAGUGGACAACCAAUUUAUGAAUUAAUUACAGAUAGAUCAUUACCUGAGUUACCUAGUCAUAUGAUAGUUCGACUGACUGCAACAAUUAAAUCAGCUGUUGAAAGAUAUUAUAAAGCUAAUACAGUAGUUGGCUGCAUGAAUCCUUUAUCAGUUUUUUAUGAUAAUGAAGCAAAUGUAGCUUCACCGGAAUGUGAUCUACACAGUAAACAAAUUACAAACUCAACUUUAUACCUUGGAGGAGUUUAUCAAAAGUGUACUGGUCCAGAUGAUUUAUGUCUUGGUGAAACUAUACCUAAUCCACUUACUGGUGAUUUAUUUUGUUCACAAGGUUAUACACCAAUACAACUGUUACCACAACAAAUUAGAAAAUGUUAUAGUGUAUGCAGUGAAAAAUCCUGGUUUAAAAAUCCCGACUGUACAACUCAAUGCGCUAUUACUGAAUCUUACUGGUGUUCACGUGAUCCAUCAUUAUCAUCAUCUAAUAUAUUAGACAACAUUGAUAGUGGUUAUUUAUUUGGUGGUCUUUAUACAGAUAAAGAGGUGAACAGUUUAACUAAACAGUAUAAUUGUCCACAAUAUUACUGGCCAAUAACACUUGGUCGACGUAUGCGUAUAUGUUUAUCAACUGAUCGUGAAUUAGGUGGUAAAUAUUCAUUACCAUUCGGUGGUUUCUAUAGUUGUUAUUCUGGUAAUCCUUUAACUGCUUUAAUUAAUAUUAAUCAAACUGAUGAUAUAGAUGGCAACAGACAACAUACUCGAAUACCAGAAUGGUUUAAAAUACAACAAGAACGAAUGUCAUUCACUCUUCCAUCACCACCACCACCACCACCACACAACAACAACAACAACAACAACAAAAGCAUGGAACAGUGCGGUCAAUGUUGCGUAAUGAUAAUUUCAAUGACCAAUUUGUACAGAAUGAUUUUUCCCAACUAUUUGCUGCGUUAUGGCCGAAAAAAUGUCCAAUUGGAUAUACAGCACAUUUAG